AACCAUCACUCAUCGUAACAAGUACAGCACAAAAGUACAAAGAAGGGAACCACUGGGAGUUGUUAGAACUGAAAAUAAAUUAAAAUAAAAUCGAAAAGCCUCGGAAUUUCUCAGAUAAUUUUCAAGAACAAAAAUGAUGCACAUGACCUUCUAUUGGGGCAAAAAAUUUACCCUCCUCAUUGAUUCAUGGAAGACCGAUUCGGGAACGAGUUACGUGCUGAGUCUACUCGCGUGUCUCGUAGUUGCUGCUUUCUAUCAGUAUCUUGAGAAUCGCCGGAUUCGCCUCAAGAUCUUCGCCGGCGAGAGGAGGGCCUCGCCGGAGAUUCGGACCUCUCUUCUGCGGUGGAAUGUAGCCGGAGAUAAGGCGAGGUUGGGAGUUAAGUUAGCGGAAGCGGUUCUGUUCGGUGUGAAUUCGGCGAUUGGGUAUUUGUUGAUGUUGGCUAUCAUGUCCUUCAACGGAGGGGUUUUUUUGGCCAUUGUUUUGGGCCUCUCUCUCGGUUACUUCUUCUUUAGGAAUGAGGGCGAAGAUUCUGCUAUUGACGUUGCUAAUUCUUGUGCCUGCGCUUAGGGCUUGCAACUUGUUUUAUGUAAUUGUGAAUUGGUUUGUUGUCCUGUGAAUUGGAGCUUUCAAUUCGGAUUCUUGGUGUCGUUUUGGGGUGGGAAAUAUUGUUGAAAAUAGGAAUUGCCUUUUGUUUUGUUUUUUUGGCAGAUUUGGAUGACAUGUAAUUGAGUAAACAUGGUAUGAUUAUGUUAAAGAAAAAAGAUAC